GAGCGACUACACUGCACUUGUACAAAAGCAGCGGGUUACUUCAUCUGUUGUCCCCCACCCUCCUCAUGGUCCCUGAACGCACCAGCCCUGGGGGUGUGGACCCGGUCAUUCCCCGCUGACUGGAAGCAGUAAGCUAAAUCAUGGGACGGCGGUCCGAGCAGUGAGCCAGCCGGGACCGAACACAGGGACAGCGCAGUGCAAGCUUCAUUCACCUGAAAGCAUCAGCAGCACUGUCACCUCCAACCAGCACCAUCAACAGGGUGCAGCUUUUUACGUGGCGGCAAAGGGCGACGUCGGGGCUGACUCGGGAUCAGCCCAUGCAGGAGGAUGGAGAUAGAGAAGAGGACGAACGGGUUCGACUACCCGGAGAGAAACAACGCCAAGUCCGUUAACGGCUUUUACAGUGACCAUCCAUUGGAGUCUGAACAGAACGACAGCAUGGAUGCAAUCAAUGAAAGUAAUCUGGAUGAUCCAGCUGACCAGCGUACUUGCCUUAUCUGUGGAGAUCGUGCCACAGGCCUGCACUAUGGCAUCAUCUCCUGUGAGGGCUGCAAGGGCUUCUUCAAGCGCAGCAUCUGCAACAAGCGCGUGUACCGCUGCAGUCGCGACAAGAACUGCGAGAUGUCGCGCAAGCAGCGCAACCGCUGCCAGUACUGCCGCCUGCUCAAGUGUCUGCAGAUGGGGAUGAACCGCAAAGCAAUCAGGGAAGACGGCAUGCCGGGGGGGAGGAACAAAAGCAUCGGACCUGUUCAGAUCACAGAGGAAGAGAUAGAGCGGAUCAUGUCGGGUCAGGAGUUCAAGGAGGACGCCCCGGAGCACACCUGGGGCAACAACGGCGACAGCGACCACAGCUCGCCCAGCAACGGAGCCUCAGAGGGCAACCAGCCAUCACCCGCCUCCACUCUGUCAUCCAAUCGCUCUGUGGAAAUGAACGGCUACACGGCAGCCCUCAGGGACCAGUACAUAAACACCUCCAUGUCCACACACUACCAGCUCCUACCUCACCUGUUCAGCUAUGCUGCCCAGUCUGGCCUGCUGGCCCCCCAGCCCCGCAGCCUCUACCCACAGUCCCACCCACUGGUGCUGCAGUUGGUGGCUGCUGAAGACCUGGCCCCCCUAGCAACCCCUAUGCUCAUAGAAGACGGGUACAAAGUGACACAGGUAGAGCUGUUUGCCCUGCUGUGUCGCCUGGCAGACGAGCUGCUCUUCCGCCAGAUCUCCUGGAUCAAGAAGCUGCCGUUCUUCUGCGAGCUCUCCAUAGAGGACUACACCUGUCUGCUCAGCUCCACCUGGCAGGAGCUCAUCUUGCUCUCCUGCCUCACCAUCUACAGUGCCCAGAUAUUCGGAGACCUGGCCAACGUCACCGCCAAGUACACGCCGUCUGACGAUGAGUUGCAGGGCUUCAGCGAGGACGGCAUGGAGGUGAUGGAGAGGUUGAUAUAUCUGUUCCGCAAGUUUCACCAAUUGAAGAUCAGUAACGAGGAGUACGCCUGCAUGAAAGCCAUCAACUUCCUAAACCAAGAUAUCAGAGGACUGUCCAACAUCUCCCAGCUCGAGCAGCUGAACAAGCGCUACUGGUAUGUGUGUCAGGACUACACUGAAUACAAAUAUCCACACCAGCCCAAACGCUUCCCUGAGAUCAUGAUGUGUCUCCCGGAGAUCCGCUGCAUUGCAGGGAAGCUGGUGAAUGUCCCUCUGGAGCAGCUCCCCCUCUUGUUCAAAGCAGUCUUGCACUCCUGCAAAUCCAGCCUGACCAGCUACAGGACUGGCCCGUCGCCCUGCGUGACCACCUCCUCCGGAAACUAGACCCACCCCCACCCCCACUCCCGACCCCAUGAGUCGAGGGACUGGUCUCCCCUCUUGUGAAUGUGACAAGCAGCUAGUUUGUUUUUUGUAACUUUUUUCUUUAUAUAUUUAUUACACGACAGAGCUGAAUGUAUGCUGAUUUACACUGUGCACAUGCUUCUGUACAAAACAAAUGCUCGUAGAUGCAUUGGUCUUUGGAGUUUACAAGUGUGUAUCCAGUUUGCUCAAUGUGUCAGUGUUGCUAUUGUUAGAGCUAGACUUAAAAAGAGUUUAUUUUAUUCAGACGGGGGCGGACAGACACAUGACGAGUGUUUUGAGACUACCUCAGGAAGAUGUUGUUGCUAUGUUCAGGUACCUUUUCUUGCUGUUAAAUGAAGAGUUGCCCAGUCUAAAACCAAAUCCCUGUGGAUGCUUUGGCACCUCAAUCAGAGACUGAAUGUUCAAAGGAGCUGCAUAAAUCAAAGAUUGAAAAACAGUGUUUUAUUAUGCUGAAAAUGCAAAAUUAGCAAAACUGAGCUACUUAACUGCAUGGACUCUCAGACAUCCUGCGUAUGGGAGGCGGUCUUGUCAAUUUAACAUUCCAUGAGUUAAGGUGACAGUUGUUGGAUCUUUGGGAUCUUCAUUGAAAAAGGAGCAUACGGGUAUUUUUUACAAUCAUAGACUGGGGAUGUAAGGAUUUAUUGCAGGGGAAGGGGGGGAUAGCUAGGUUUGGUGUUUUUAGUUUUAUUGUUUUUCUUUUUUGACCAAAGUGUUAUGCAAUGCUUUUUUCAAACACCCACUGAUGGGUAGGAAGCUGAUAGCUCCACAAAAAAAAGAAGAAAGGAAAAAAAAGAUUUCUUAUCAAUGAAGGAUCAGGAUAAGAAAUGAAUCAGUCUGUGUCAGAGGGGAGAACCCUCUGCUGGACAGACGAGUAAUGUUGCCGGAUUUCAUUCUAAAUGCUGCUAAACGUGUGUACAGUCUUGUGCGCACAUGUAUGCACAGAGGAGACGUGAUCCCCAGUUUUUGUUUUUUCCCCUCUGCUUCUUGUCAGAUGACUCGCUUUUUUUCUUUUGGGCUCUGCUGCCUUUAGUGCCAGGAAUUUGAUGCAUUGUAGCUUGCGCUCAACACACUAUCACCUAAAUGUAAGGGUCCAUGGUACAGGCGGUGUUUGGUUAAAGGGACAGUCUGUGAAAUUGUGCUUUAUACAGAACCGAUCAGUGAUCCGGUGUAGGGCGCGAACUUCUGUUAGCAUAUCCAGUUUUGAACCAUUCCGAUCCGUUCAAAAAUUCCAUUGGCCAGUUCAGUUUUAGAGAAACUUAGACUGUUUUCAGGUCCUGUCAGGUCCAAUCAGAAUUUUGCACAGACCCAGGAUCAGUAGCAGUUUAAGCCGGACCUGAGCCACCUCCGAGGGUCACUAGAAAGUGUGGACCUAAUACUUGGUUGAGGUAUGGUCCUCAGAGUUUUACUGGGUAAGGUUGGCCUGACAUUUCUUAGAUGAACUGGCUUAUGCACAUUUUGCAGAUUGUCACUUAAACCCGGCAAAGCGGUGGAUUCAGUGUGAUUGAUCCGGUCCAUGUCUCAAUGAGUUUAGGCCAGGUUUAGAGAAUUUAGGUGACUUACCUCCGGCUUGCAUACACUCUUUGACAGAUAUGCACAUUGUUUAAAAAAAGCCAUAGGAAAUGGUCUUUAUUUUUGAAGUAUGAGAUGAUCAUUUCAAACCGCUUGAAGUGUCUUCUUAGAUUCCUCAAGUUUUUAGCCGUUUCAUGAUGUACGAACAAUUUGAAAUGCAGACAAAAUGCAGUCCUCGCAACGACUCUCUUUUUUGCACACGACGGUGAGGUUCAGAGACCUUGACCCUCGACCUCGGCCACUGCCCACCCAGUGUGUUCCUCUCUCUCAGGUCCCUGCUGGCCUGGAUCUAAACAGGGUAAAGUGAGUGUUAUGUAUUGCAUUCAGGAGUUCCUCAGUGACCACGCUGAUGUACUUGUAUUAUUAGUAGACGUAGGUUCCAGGACAUUGUAGGUCCUCUGUAGAAAAGUGUUUUUCUUUUCCACUUUAUUUCACUCAAGGUCCCCUCCCUCCAUCCUCCAACCCCCCUUCAUUCAGUGAAUGUGGUUGUAGUUUGAAGGGGAGGCAUGCAUGAAGGAUUCUUUUCUCUUGGCAUUGGUGAUGGAUGGAGCAAGAGGCAUCAUCAGAAUGCCAUCCACCUCUGUGUGUGCAGCCUUAACACCACCAGACCAAUGCAGUGUUCCUCUUUCAAAUGUUCCAGUUAGCCUCUUUUCAUCUUUUGAUUUUUAUACAUUUUCAUGUACCUUUGUAGUUAUUGUGAAUGUUUUGGGUUUUUGUUGUUUUUCACGUAUUCAUUGUCUCUGUUUUUUUUUUUUUUAAAGAGUGAAGACAACCCCUAUCAUUUUAUAUCAUUUGAAUUCUUUUUUUUCUGGGACAUUAUUUUUAACUCAUUCCCUUGUCAACAGUGGUUAUGAAAACAGAAGUAUUACUCAGGCUAUGUCAGCCACGUUUUAUAUGGACAAUACUGACAUCUUGAAGCCUUUUAUGUAUUAUUUGAAUCAUUUUACAAUGCAAAUGUGACAGUGAUGUUUUAAACUGUCAGAGCAGCUAAAGAUGGGUGUGUGGAGAAUAUUUGUCUCUCUCCAUUUCAUAAAUGUGCAUCAGUCACAUGACACAGGCUUCUGAGGCUAAAGGGUCAUUUCACCUAAAUGACAACAUUUUCUCACUUACCUCUGUCAGUGUAAUUUUAGUGAACUGACCCUUUAAACCACAUAAUCUCAGGGAUAUGUACUUUUAUGAAACAGAAGUCUGAGUGAUGUGAUGUGUCUAUAAAAGAAUAACCCACCCCCCAAAAAAAUCCAUAACCACUGCUGAGAGUUAAAUGUUAGUGUCAGAAUGUAAGGGGCUUUUCUUUAGAGCUGCCAUAUUGCACUGAUGUUUAACAAUCCUGCCCAUCUGUAAUGUCAGUCUGGGGAAAUGUAGAAUACUUCUAACCGUAGAAGAAGUAGAAGAGUAAGGCUCCGGGUGGCCAACAACAAAGUCACUCCAGGAAUGCUCUGAACAUCAGACCUCUAAGAUCUGACAGUGGAGAAGAUCUGAAGAGGGAUUUUUCUUUUAAUGUAGCAGCAAAUUCUGCUCGUCAACAUAAAAUAAAACCUCACCUUGGCUACCUUUGCUUUGACUUCCUAACCGUCAUAUUUGGAUACAAGUAUUCUUUUUAUUUUCUAUAUUUGUAUUUUUUUUUUUUUUUUUUUUUUUGCAGACAAGGGAUAUGUCAUUUGCAAUUUCUGUACUGAAACUACCUCUUUAUUUGUCAUCAUGUUGCUUAAUUUCAAAUAGGUGAUUUUUGUCUUAUUUAUUGGUUUCAUUGCACCAAUGUUCUGUUCUUAUGUGUCUCUUGUUUCACUCAGUGACCUCAGAUUUAUAACAACUUUUCUUCUUCUUCUUUUUUUUUUUUUCUUUUAUACAUUAACUUGUUGCCUCAUAAUCGUCUCUACCUCAGACUCGCCUGCUGUCAGCAGCUUUUAUUUUCUCUGACCUCCGACUGUAAAGUAUUACACACCAAACACUCUCUUACUCUCUUUAAUCUCUCGUUUCAGGGAUCCUCUUCCUCCAUUAAGUUUCUCUUUUUUUCCUUCCAUGUUAAAUUAGCGUCAUCUUCCAUUUCACUUCUGCCCUGUUAUCGUGAAUCCAAUACCAAAGAUGAAAGAAUGUCAAUGACAAUGUCAGCAUACUGAUUAAGCAUUCACGUGAUGCGUUCUUGCUGCAGUUAACCAGUGCUUUAUUUUCCUGUGUUGACCUUUACGGAAUACGUCUUGUUAUCUUGUGAAUGGCUCUUUGCUGUGUACACUAUACUCACCACGUCAUGAUAUGCCAGUGUGUGUGUGUGUGUGUGUGUGCGUGCGUGUGUGUGUUUUUCCCCAUUGUGCUCCAUGAUUGUUGUUCACCAGUAAGGCAGUUCAAGGUAUCAAGGAGUGGUAACAAUGGGACUGCGAUCAUAUCUGUCUCUAUCAAUGCAGUCUAUGACCGGUUAUCAAUCAGAAAAUGUAAUUGUGGUCUCAUCUUUUCCUGUGUACAUGCUUUAGCUCACUCGACCACAGACAGACUACUGCAGUGUUGUCACUGGGGUUGGACUAAUAUGACUGUUAAAUAGAAGCUGCAUGGCCUUACUUACCCUACAAUAGGAGAAAAGAAAAAACAGGUCUGCCUUUAAACUUAAUCAUGGAUCUGAUUUGUAUAUUUAGUCCAGUCACAGAACUAACACUAUGUAUUACACAAAAGGUUGUAAAAAAAAAUCCUUUAAAGCAAGUAAAGGCUAACUAGUACUAUUGAACCACUAUCGAUCUCAUGAAGGAGCCACUUACCUAUCUCUGAUAAAAGGUCAGUACAGGCAAACCAACAUAUGAGUCCAACCUCAACGCUGUUAUAACUCUGGAAAGUUGAGAUCUGGAGCAUAGGUUCACAGUAAGAGCUUUAAAUAAGUUGCAGCAACUAACAUUUGGACUUAAACCUCCAGAUCUCACCUUACCAAACCAUGCCUCAGUUGUCCUUUCUGCUGAAGCAGACUCCCUUACCGCUGUUAGAACCCUGUUGUACAGGAACACAAGAUGUGAAGAGUUUUGGGGAAGUAAGAGUCUAAAAAUCUUGACAUAUCUCAGGGAAGAAAUAGAUUUACACACUGUCAUCACCUGUGAACAGACAAUUGAAACGCCUAUAUGUUUUUCUCUUCCACAAUCUCUUGUCUGCUCUUGUUACUUUAACUACCUGUGAAGAAUGUGAUCCAUUACGUGUUAAAAGCAUGUUUAGAAUGUGUUAGGACUUGAAACCAAAUAAAUGUGAACGUUAUGCAAGUA